UCAACUCUGAUUUGGAUUGGUGUCCCAAAAAAUCCGAACUGCCCUUGAACGCACCAGUAAUCAAGCUAACGUUUGUUAGCUUUUCCCUUUACUGUGGUGUUAUGAGUUGAGCAAGACUUAAGCCAGUGCUGGGAAUGCAGCCACCUUUGCCACCUGAGGCUGUCAGAGAGCUGGUGAGCUCCUGUCUGCACAGAGACCCUGCAGCUGCAGAUCUACGCUGCAGCCUGUUUGUGGCUGCAGCUCAGAGCUACAAGAGGGACUCUCUGCUCAGACCCUUCCCUCCUCGCUACAUCAGUGGCGACAUUAAGGACUUUGAGGAACUGUUGGCUGAUGUAAACUCCCUGCCUGGUGUGAGAGAUUUGGUGAGGUUACAUCCAAAUGAAGGAGAUCACCAUCUGGCCCUCAUUCACUGGAUUCUCUCCUCAAAGAGCUUGGCUGUGAAGACUCUACCAAAGGAUGAGUACGCCAAACUCUGUAAGCUGACAGAAAAUGAAGGGAUUUCUGCACCUGUUCCCGACUUCCUGUUUGAGCUGGAGUACUCUGAUCACUUGAACUCCAGGUUUGAGAAGACGAGGGAAGGAAGAGAUGUCUUCUACGCAUUCCACGGGAGCCGCCUGGAGAACUUUCAUUCAAUCAUUCACAACGGGCUCCACUGCCACCUCAACAAGGUCUCUGCCAUACCUUUGUGUAUUUUUGCCUUACCGUGCGGGGGGAAGCAUACCAUUGGGUUCGGUCGCUCCGUCCCCAGCUGGUUCCAGACCGGGACCAGCCCCGCAGAUGAGGGUUCGGUUCGAUUUGCCUGGUCAGGUCCAGUCAGCGGCCCAGCAGAAACCCCAGAUCUGGUCACCCUGACGUAUGUCAACGAUCAGUACGACGUUAAAUGCCAGGUGAAGAAAAAAGAUUCUGAUACCAUAGACCGGCAGCGCUCCAGGGCCAAGAACAGCGAAGGGGGCGACGUUCCGCAGAAAUACUUCAUAGUUACCAACAAUCAGCUUUUACGAGUCAAAUACCUGUUUGUCUACUCUCAGGGGAAACACCUGAGCAGGCGUUCGCGCAGCAGGUCGUGGAUUCUUAGACACCAUUUCUCCAUCAUGAUGAGUCUCUACCUUCUGCUGCUCAUAUUCAUCGGUGCCUUGAACUCCUCGUCGUUCGUCUCCUUCUGGAACAGGCUGUUCAGGUGACGGGCCAGCAGGAGCGACGACCCAGACGUUAUCAUCUGUGGUGCCUUUUCUGAUCACAUUAUGCUUUAUGCACCUUUAACUCUGCUCUAAUAUUGUAAAAACUCUUGUUUGCUGUUAUGGAUAACAGAUCCUUUAAACAGCGGUUAUAGGACCCUGUUCUGUAUUAAUCCUGUUCAGAUAAGGCUGCUCUGUGUUUUAAUAAAGAUCUGUAAUCCUCCAUCUGUAAUUUCUUUGGUUUAUUGCUGAUAUUUGAAGCUUUAAAAAGCCUGAUAAAGCGUUUAACAUCAAUAAAAAAACAUUGCAAAGACAAAGUUUAGAUGAUCUUGCUUCCAGAUUCAUUAAGACUGGCGACAAAUUCUAAAGCAAUUUGAUAAUCAUAUUUUUGUUCAAUGAAAGUUUUAUUUUUUACUUAAUUAAAAACUAUAUAAAUUUGUUAAACAAAAGUGGGUUUCA